AUGCCUCCCAUACCUGGGAGCGUCUCCGUUGGCCUGGCCUCGCUGGCGUCCCUUGCCCGCCCCUGCGCCGGCGCCUGGCAGUACGACCCCGAGCAGAAGAUCGAGUCCGCCCGCCUAUUCGGCAACAUGCACCAGUACGCCUACUACUUCACCGACAUCAUGGUGGGCAAGCCAACGCCCCAGCGGGUCUCCGUCAUCAUAGACACAGGGAGCAGGUUGUCAGGUUUCCCAUGCGCUGGCUGCGAUCACUGCGGGGAACAUCUCGACCCACCCUUUGACAUUUCCUCUUCGGAGACCGCCAGCUGGUCCAGCUGCGCAGCGGAAGGCUGCACAGCAGAGUGCGUGGGCGACCGCUGCUCGUACAGGGAGAGCUACGCGGAGGGUAGCAGUCUGGAGGGCUUCUGGUUCACGGACUUCGUGGAGCUGGGCGACUCUUUCAGCAAAAACCCCGCGGUGCGCGUGAAGAUGGGGUGCCACGAUAGGGAGGACAAUCUCUUUUUCUCGCAAAAGGCCAACGGCAUCAUGGGGCUCGCGCCCUCCAUGGGGAGCCAGCCGACCAUCCUGCAGGAGUUGUUCCACGAUGGGCAGCACAUCGACGCCAGGGUCUUCGCAAUAUGCCUGGCAGGCUGGGGCGGGCGCAUGACGCUCGGCGGCUACAACAGCUCCUACCACCUGGCAAAGCCAGGCGGCGAGCCCGUGCAGUGGGUCGCACUGAGGAUGACGGAGUACUACUUUGUCUCGAUCGACGGGCUCGGUAUCGUCGAUGGCAGAGAAACAGUUCACAUUGGUUUAGGGGCGACGGCCAACCCGUUCGGGGCGACCAUCGUGGAUAGCGGCACGACCUACACUUACUUCCCGGACGAGGUGUUCUCCGCGCUGGCGACCCGCCUGGAGGACUACUGCGCGGAGCACGGCGGGUGCGGAGCGGACCGGGAGUCGGACCGCUGCUGGCGCCUCCGGGGCGGCGCCAGCGGCCCCACCGGCUUCCCGCCGCUGGCCGUCCAGUUCUCGGGGGGCGUGAGCGUGGAGUGGGAGCCGCGCAGCUACCUGCAGCAGCACGGCGACGACGCGCUCUGGUGCCGCACCUUCAUGGGCACCACCACGAAGCAGACCAUCCUCGGGAUCUCCUUCAUGCUCUACAAGGACUUCAUCUUCGACCUCGCCCUGGGCAGGCUG